AUGGUUCGAAAUGAUUUUGAGAUGGCAGACAAAGAAGAGGAUUAUCGAAUUGAGAAAUCGGUAUCAGGGAUUGGAGAAGACGGUGACUGCCCUCAUUGCUUCAACAUAGCCUUCAACAACACAAACAACACGUUUGUUGCCGAUUACAUCUUCAACCGACUGGAUACUCGGAUCUGUCUUAUACUGGCGUACACCUUCGUUUUCUGCUGCUGUUUCUUCGGCAACUUGCUGGUCAUUUUUGUGGUCAUAAUGCAUAGACGUAUGAGAACCAUUACCAACUUCUUCUUGACUAAUCUUGCUGUGGCUGACCUGUGUGUGGGUUUGUUCUGCGUGUAUCAGAACUUAUCUUUCUAUCUAACCACUCACUGGGCAUUUGGAGAAUUUCUCUGCAAGAUGUACCACUUCAUACACAGCCUCAGCUAUACGUCAUCUAUUGCUAUACUGAUAGUAAUAUCAGUGGAGCGGUAUGUUGCUAUUGUUCAUCCCAUGUUGAGCAAGCAGGUAAUGACACUGCGACGUCUACGAAUUGUGAGUGCUACUGUAUGGCUUGUGAGUGCCGCAUACUGCAGUCCUCGCUUGAUCAUGUACGGAACAACUGAAGUUCCAUCUGUAACCGGAGAAAUGGAAACGAUUUGCAUCCUGAAGCGUUCUUUUUAUGAUUCAAAGACUUAUGAUCUUGCUAACUUCAUUGUAUGCUUCGUCAUUCCUCUUUUCAUCAUCUCACUACUUUACUUUGCCAUUUGCCUUCGUCUCUGGCGAAGUAACCAAGUGUCAAAGCAUUACGGAGCUACUACGUUUACAGCCCGUGCGACUAUCGCUACACGGAUGCCCGCUCAUUCAUCAAGUCAACCUGAAGACCUCCAUAGCAUGGCCAGCCGCAGUUCUUAUGAUUUUCAAGAGGUCACCAAAUCUCGCACUUUGAGUGGAAACAACUUGAGAUCUUCUGAUAUCAUAGUACAUGAUGGUCAGUACACGAUGACUGUGAGAAGACAAAGAUGUGCAAGUGGCGAAUUGCAUCCCGCCACUUCUUGCCGUGGAGCCAAAAAUCAUGUUCUCAAAUCUCGUCGUAAAGUUAUUCGUUUGUUGGUAUCAGUAGUCCUAACCUUUGCAUUCUGUAAUCUGCCAUUCCAUGCCCGUAAACUGUGGCAAAAUUGGUCUCCUAGAUACGACGGCACUAGCAACUCAUCGAUUAUACUCACAAUAACAACCACUUUAGUUAUGUACAUGAAUUCAGGGAUAAAUCCGUUUCUGUAUGCCAUUUUGUCCGAAAAUUUCCGCGCGUCCAUGGUGGAUGUUCUCAUGUGCAAGCUAAAUCGAAUGCACAGAACCAGAGCUGCCACCAGAUCUUUGAUUCGUAACGAGAUGAAUUCGACUGUCCGCAGUUUAAGUAUCUCACAGGAUGAUAUCGAGAAAAAAUAA